GCAUGGGUAAAUUUUCACAUUCACAAUUCACAAGUCAAAAUAAUCGUAACGCUAGAGUACUACGUUAAGCACAUUCAUUGAAGUGAAAGAGGUAAAAAAAAACACGCAAUUCUUUACAUUUCACCUGAGUGUGUGCGAGUGACAGUGGGGAUAUAGCAAGAGCAAGUUUACGGGUUUCAGUAGUGAUUCAAAAGACACAACAUUGGUCAUGUUCUGAAUAAUCUGGGUCAGAUAUUUUAGAAAUGUCUCUGAAGAAAGAAUCGUUGUCAGAUGUAAAACUCCAUUUAGCUGCUUUGAAUGGAGACUUGACGUUACUCAGGCGAAUUUUGGACAGUGGAAAGGUUCACGUAGAUUCAAGAGACAAGGAAGGUACAACUCCUCUGAUAUUGGCUGCAGCGAAUGGACACUUCGAUUGCGUGAGAGAACUGAUAGACCAAGGUGCUGACCCGACUACGAAACGAAUAACUGGAACAACCCCGCUGUUUUUUGCUGCACAAGGAGGAUUUUUGGAUGUCGUUCAAUUUCUGUUGGAUAAUGGAGCUCCCGUGGAUUCACUGAGCGUGGACGGAGGAAGUCCGUUAUUUGUCGCCUGCCAAUGUGGACACAUGGACGUAGUCAAAGAACUUGUUAAAAGGGGGGCUAAAGUGAAUUCACAUAUGAAGGACAAGGCUACUCCCCUAUUCAUAGCAGCUCAAAAUGGCCAUUUCAAAGUAUUAGUCUAUUUGUUAGCUCAAGGUGCAGAGACGGACUCGAGAAGAACUGACGGGGCGACUCCAUUAUGGAUAGGUGCCCAAAUGGGUCAUGAUCAUAUCGUAGCACAACUUUUAAGAGCUGGAUCUUUUGUGGAUGCUGCAAGACAUGAUGGUGCCACCCCUCUUUUCAAAGCAUCUCAUAAAGGUCAUUCGGCAGUGGUUGGGGAACUAUUGAAAUAUAGACCAUCUUUAGGAAUUUUACCAGAGGGAGAUGUUUAUUUCUAA